CGGUGGUGCUGCAGCAACGUGCAUCCGCUCCUCUCUGACCCCUCCGUUAAUCUGCAUUCAGCCUGACGCUCUUCCGUUGUUGUUUUUUUUUCUCCAGCCGCUCGACAUCAGAAUAGCAUAUUACCGGGGUUAUUUUUUUAUUUAUUUUUUAUUAGGGCCCUGUUAGACUGACGAUUCGCCAACAGACACGCGGAAGAAGAAAAAAAAAAAAAAAACCUUUCUACUUGCAUCGAUUUUGUUUUGGCUGGUUUCACUUCACCGCACCUCCGCCUCGGGUCCACAUUUGCAGACCCGCCGUCCGCUAACGUGCGUUAUGUGUCGCAGGGAGGACUCGCAGUAAAUAGACGGACACGUCCAUCUGCAAUAGGAGCGAACGAAGAUGGUGAAGAAGGGUUCACCGAAUUUCGCCUCCAAAAGCUCGACGGCAAUGGCGAAGCCUUCCCUGCCCCUGAAGCUUUUUCUCUGGGCGUUCAUUGUCGUUAAUCUUCCCACAAGCUCCUUCCAGGUUGAAGACGAUGACGAGGCUACUAACAAGACGUGGGUGCUGACUCCCAAAGUGUACGAGAGUGACGUCACACACGUCCUAAACAGCCUACUAGACGGAUAUGACAACAAACUCAGGCCUGACAUCGGUGUGAAACCAACAGUGAUCCACACAGACAUGUUUGUCAACAGCAUUGGCCCAGUAAAUGCCAUCAAUAUGGAAUACACCAUCGACAUCUUUUUCGCCCAGACCUGGUACGACAGGAGGUUAAAGUUCAACAGCACGAUGAAGGUUCUACGUCUCAACAGCAACAUGGUCGGAAAGAUCUGGAUCCCGGACACGUUCUUCCGCAACUCGAAGAAGGCCGACGCCCACUGGAUCACCACACCCAAUCGCAUGCUUCGCAUCUGGAACGAUGGUCGGAUACUUUACACCCUCAGGUUGACCAUCGAUGCAGAGUGCCAGCUCAAACUGAACAACUUCCCAAUGGACGAGCACUCGUGUCCCCUGGAGUUCUCAAGCUAUGGUUACCCCAAGGAGGAGAUUGUUUACAAGUGGAAAAGGAGCUCCGUCGAGGUCGGGGACAUUCGCUCCUGGAGGCUCUACCAGUUCUCCUUCGUGGGCCUGAGAAACACCACUGAGGUUGUCAGCACUGUCUCAGGAGAAUACGUGGUGCUGACCGUCUACUUUGACCUGAGCAGGAGAAUGGGCUACUUUACCAUUCAGACCUACAUCCCGUGCACCUUGAUUGUUGUCCUCUCCUGGGUCUCAUUCUGGAUCAACAAGGAUGCGGUACCUGCAAGGACGUCGUUAGGUAUCACCACUGUGCUCACCAUGACCACGCUGAGUACCAUUGCCAGGAAAUCCCUUCCGAAAGUUUCCUACGUGACCGCCAUGGAUCUGUUUGUGUCCGUCUGCUUCAUCUUCGUCUUCGCCGCUCUCAUAGAGUACGGCACGCUGCACUACUUUGUCAGCAACAGGAAGCCGAGCGCCAAAAAGGACAAGAAGAAGAAAAACCCGCUCUCCCGGCUCUUUUCCUCAAAGCAGACACCCACGGUUGACAUCCGUCCACGCUCGGCCACAGCCAUUCAGAUGAACAACGCCACGCACAUGCAGGAGCGGGAUGAGGAGUACGGUUACGAGUGUCUGGACGGGAAGGACUGCACCAGCUUCUUCUGCUGCUUCGAGGACUGCCGCUCCGGAGCGUGGCGGCACGGCAGGUUGCACAUCCGCGUAGCCAAGAUAGACUCGUACGCGCGCAUCUUCUUCCCCACUGCGUUCGGCCUCUUCAACCUGGUGUACUGGGUCUCCUAUCUGUAUCUCUAGGCCUUGGUGGGUUUCCAGCCUUAUCGUAUAGCUCAUUACAUCCUACAUAUGCUCCGUGCCGGCAAGGGACAAUGAGAAAGAGGGGACCCACUGAAAUGACCACUGAUUUGAUUUAAAUUUUUUUCCUUUAAUUCCUUAGUUUUAAUCCCUUGACAUUUUUUUCUUUUUUAUUUGAGAACUUUGACAGACAUUGCAAAUGUUGUAGCAUUACAUUUAACUGGUAGGAGGAGGUUGUGAAAUCAUUGACUAUGUAAGUAAUUAAGAGAAAAAGAAAUUGUGUUCAUGGUGAUGUGAUAUGAUUUUGGACUUUUAUUUUGAAUUCCCUCAAUUUCUUCAAAAGGGGAUCUUGUACAAAUUGCUUUAUUUUAGGACAAAUACAUCCCUUCUAUAGAAAACAAUUGAUAGGAAUCCUAAUUCAGAUCACAUCAAAUGCAAAAAAAUGACAUUAUUUAUGUCUUAUCAUUCCUUUUCACUUUUAUUUUUCACUUAAAAAACUAAAACACAGAAUCUGAAGCACUUUAACAGAGCUAUGUUUGACUGUGAUGCUAAUUUAAGUAAUUCAUUUAAUCAUUGGCACAAUUGCUCAUUGCAUUUUACGUGUGUGGUCAGAGACAAAGAGGUUAAUGCUAUCCAUGGGACAUGCUCAUCUGUACAGACACUGUAUAUAUUUUACUAUUAAAUAGUGGUUUACAUUUAUUGCAUGCACCUUUCAAGCCAAAAAUCAACAUCUUUUAUGGUCUUCUGUUGUUGGCUACGAAAAUAUUUAAAAAAUGACCACUGUUGAUUAACAUUUAAGAUUUAAUUAAACUAUUUUCUAGGAAAAUUGGAAAACUAAAUGAUAAAAAUGUGCCCGGUUUAUCCUUUUUGUUUGGGAAUCAUAUUGCAUACAGGUAGGAGGAUGAGUACAGAAUCAGGCCGAAACAACCGCUUUAAUUAUUUUCCUCACGGCUAUUAGCUCACAGUACAGACAGCACUGACCUCUCAUGCUCCCCUUCAUUUGCUGUUAAAAGUGUGCGUUUACAUAAUGACACACUUCUGUUUAUGUAAUCUUUUACAAGAGAAACUGUGCUAAAAGUAUUGUUUUCUUUAAAACACACAUUGUUGUUUGCCCUUUACGUCGUCAGAGUGAAAGCUGCAACAGUGUAACCGUCACUUUAAUGUGAACGCUGACACACUUUUGGGGUAUUUUGUGAUCCCUGCAGUGGUACGUGAUUUAUUCCAUGUGUCAUUCUUCUGAGUUGAGCAACAGAACAAAAAAACUGAAAAAUAUGAAUGAUAUCAAAUUAAUUUAACUACAAAAAUCACCUUCUUUUUGCGUGAAAAGGUGUGUAUACUUUAUUAUCAAGCGCCUCAUGUCCUAUUUCUGUUAAAGAAACACUGAGAAUUUAAAUUAUUAGAAUUUUAUUAUUUUUAAUAUGUUUUUUUUUCAUUUUUCCUAUAAUAUUAGCUUGAAUUUCAUAACGCGUAAGAGCGUCUUAUACAGUGAGGUCAUUUGAAUUGUAAAUGUGUAUAAUAAUAUGUAACUCACACAAAUGAAAAACACUUACAGGUUACAGAUUCGGAUAGACGCCGGCGUAUAACAAAUGAAGACAGUGCUUCAGUAUAAUUUACAAACUCAAAAGCUGUGGGUCUAUAUCACAUUGUUUAUGUAAAUAAAUUAUGAACGGAAGAAAACACUUUUCCAGCCCUUGGGAUUUUGUAAAACGGUAUAUAUUUUGUAAUUUCAGCAUUGUUACAGUAUAUCAUCAUACAACAUAUUAGAUUUAUUCUACUAUGCUGGACUGACCAUGUAGAAAAUGUUGGGUUAUUGGGGUAUUUAUUUAUUUAUUUAUUCAUAAUGCUAUUUAUUUAUUUCAUUUGAGAAAAUGUAUUUCAUGUUCACACAGCCCAUGAAAAGAAACACAGAAUGCUGUCAUUUAUAUCAAAGAUGCAUUUUUGUUUGAUGUGUCAAUGGAGCUUGAGCUUAUUUAUCUUGUGUUUUCUAUGUUGUGGUUGAUGUACACUACUCUCACAAAGGCCUGUCGCACUGUUAUAACUGUUGAAUUUGUGAGUUGCAACAUUACUUUUUUCGCAGAUUCUGGGUAGGAGACUAUUUUCCGAUUGGGGGGAAAAAAAACACAAAAAACAUUUCCCAAGCCACCAGAAGAAGAACAUUUGCUUGUCUACGUGACUGUUGAUGAUAUCCACCUCCACAAGGGUUUUCUUUGGUCUUGGUAUUUGAGAUCUUUAAUAAAGCAUCAGUGAUGAUAUUAACAUAUUCAUUUACCAGAUUAUCUCAUACUUGCUGAAGUUCUUUCCAUUUUUCCUAUUUAAAUGUGGCCCGUUUGUUUUCCGAAGCUGCCACUUAGUACUCAGUGUGCACAUCCUCCACCUCUGGCAUCUUUUGGGACGUACGUGCGUCACUAGCGACGUAGGAUGCUCAUCAUCAGUAUUCUGUAGAUAGAACUGUACAAGAGUGAUUACAUCUUAUAAAGUGCCAAACUGACACAAAUGCAAUAGAGAAUAUCAAACUAUAAUAUCAUUUUAUCUACUUUUACUGCCUUGAAGAAAAAAGGACAUUUGCUUAAAGUGUGCAUUUCCUUAAAGGAAAUGCUACAAAGCAAACGUUGACCACACCAUGUUUCCUCAGACAUUUAUUCAUGUAUCUAUGUGUUGUUAUUUUUUGCUUAUUGAUUUGUUACUGAUAGAAAAGCAUCAGGACAAUAGUUUGAAUGUAGACCAGACCAUUAACAACAAAACAUAGUUAAGGCUAAUAUUAAUACACUUCAGGCUUAAUCCUGGUUGAAUCAGACGUUGUCAGGAUGGUGGAUUCGCAGAUAAACAAACAUAAAACACGGAAAACCGUGUGCAAAAAAACCUGAUUUGAGUAUUUCCAUGAUGGUAAAAGCUUGUUUAUACAUUUGUCUACACUGUACUGUAAAUGCAGAUCUUUAAAGGCAUAUCGGAGGUACGAUUUAUUCAGUGGUGUGCAUGUUGGAUGUCUUUUCACAAUUGGGACUAAUUCAAGCACUGUUUCAUCUAAUCUCAGUCUCAGUUUGCCUGCAUUGACAUGGACCUUUAUUACACUGUACUCAUUUUUGACGAGAGUGAUUCCAUUUAUUCUGGGACCCACAAAUGAGACAUAUUAUGUAAACCGCACAUGUAGAUAUUUUCUAUUGUUAUGUAUAUUAUCAACAGGUGAAAACAAAAUAAUACACACUGGAAUUAUUGAGCUCAAAAGUACCCAAAAACAAAAAACAAUUCCAUAUGAUCCUCCUACAUACGUUAUGUUAGCUGUUUGUCAUCUAUGUAUGUUGAGUAUUGUUAAAAAAGGGGGGAGGGGGCACUCAUCAAUUCUGUUAGGAUUUGCAUUAUAUUCUAUAUAUGUACUGAAAAAAUCCUUUUCAUAAGGGAAUGGCACAUAGCUGUGGAAUUUUACAAUAAAAUGGUUGCAGUUA